AUGUCACAAUACUCGGAUCUCACAACCGACGAUCUAAUCUGGGAAGACAUCGACCCGCCGCUGUCACCGCCGUCGGUCCAGCCGCCGCCCGAGCAAGAACAUGCGUUUCUUAACAGUAUUACGCAGCGGGUUACGCACCAGAUUACCAACAUCAGCCUGCACCGUUUGGCAGCCUAUAUCGAGCCUCUGCGCGAUCGUUUACUCUCCGCCCUGCAUUCCAUUCACGUCAAGGAUAUACUACUCGAAGUCCAGAAUAAUCAGAAUUACCAACUCGUCAUUCUCGCCGUUUUAUUCGUAUUCCCGAUAAUCCUGCUCCUCCGCGCAACAAUGGCCCCGCCUUCACCCCUCCUUUCAAAACUCAAAGUCGCCCUGAAACUCUGCAUCUCCCGCCUCCGAAUGGUCCAACAAAAAGAAACAGCAAUAGCAAAGAUAAACCGCCGCGCUCUCGCUGCAAUCAUCGAAUCCGGAAAAAUAGAAUCCGCCAAAAUCCGUGUCGAAAACAUCAUCCGCGAGGAUAUCAAUGUCGAACUACUGGAAAUCCUAGAGUUAUAUUGUGAAUUAUUACUCGCCCGUAUAGGUCUCAUGGAAGCCAAGGAAGUCGACCCGGGUCUAGAGGAGGCUAUUCAAAGUGUCAUCUAUGCUGCUCCUAGAACUGAUGUUAAGGAAUUACAGACCGUGAGAGGUCUGUUGAUGGAGAAAUAUGGGAAGAUUUAUGCUCAAAGUGCCAUGGAGAAUGCGGAAGGAAAAGUGGCCGAGAGGGUUGCUAAGAAGCUAAGGGUCGAACCGCCUAGCCCUGAAUUGGUCGAAUUGUAUAUGCAGGAGAUCGCGAAAGCAUAUCAUGUGCAUUACCCGCUCGGUAACCUGGAGGAACAAUUAGAAGACGUAGCUGCCGCCGCUGAUGACGACGACGACGAUCAGCCGGGUUCUGGGGCGUUAUUGGAGGAACCCCUCGUGGUGGAGGAGGAGUUAUCGCACGCUGCCACCCCGCCUAGGAAGAUCAAUCUUGGUCCUAAAUCACCGAUUGCUAUCGCGCCCGCUAGUCCGACAACGGAGAAUGUGAGGCCACAGGUUAGGUUGCCCGAUAGGACGGAACCGAAACCUGCUGCAUCUGCAUCUGCAUCUACUGCUGCUCCACCCCGGACACCGCAGAAGAAGGUCGCCGCUGCUCCUGCUCCGAGGAAACCGGCUGGGGCAGAAGUUGAUCAGGAUCUACUAAGACGGUUUGCAGCGUUGAAGCAGGUACCCAAGGAUUGA